AUGCAACCGCCCAACCCCCUACCUCCAUUGACCCUCAUUGUGGCAACGACCCCAAUCCGCGUCUCAGAAGAAGUGACCCGCCUCGGCAUUGGACUCAAAGGCACACUCCCCUGGCCACGAAUCAAGACCGACAUGUCAUUCUUCGCGCGCGUGACAACUCGCCCACCAACAGCCGGCAAGACCAAUGCAAUGAUCAUGGGCCGCAAGACAUACGACUCAGUUCCUGCCUCGCUACGCCCGCUCGCGAAGCGGAUCAGUGUUGUGAUCUCGCGUGACACAACUGGAUCUGUCCAAGAAGGAGUUCGCAAGGAACUUCAAAAGAGAAAAGAGAAGUUGGCGGCCAAGGCUGCCGAGGCUAAAGCAGCAGCUCCUGAAUCUGAGCCUGUGGCAGAUCCUGAGACAGAUGCAUUCGUUGAGCCGAGUCUGGAUGCUGCAAUUCAAGAGCUGGGAUCUCGCGAGGAACUUGGAAAGGUUUAUGUCAUUGGUGGUGCGGAGAUCUAUAAUGCGACGUUGAAGUUGAAGCAGGAUGAAUUGCAAGGGAGGGGUGUGAGGGUUGUUAUGACGAAUGUUGUGCGGAAGGAUGGCCAGCCCUUUGAGUGUGAUACAUUCUUCCCGCUGGAUAAGUUGGAUGAAGGCAAUGGAUGGCGGGCUGCUAGCCCUGCGGAAGUUUCUGAAUGGGUUGGAGAAGAGGUCGAUGGGGAGUGGAAGAUCGAAGGAGAUGUCGAGGUUCAGAUGGUUGGGUUUGAGAAGAUUUAG